AUGAUUGCUACUAUUACUACUACUACUACUACUACUACUACUACUACUACUACUACUACUACUACUACUACUACUACUACUACUACUACUACUACUACUACUACUACUACUACUACUACUACUACUACUACUACUACUACUACUACUACUACUACUACUACUACUACUACUACUACUACUACUACUACUAAUUCAGUCGUUAUUCAUUAUACCACUACCCGAAUAUAA